GUAAAAAACAUCACCAUUCCUCCUCCGCAAGACACUAUUCCCGCCAGCGCAAAACGGCGGUCAUUCACUCUCACCGUCUCCAUCUUCACACUAGGGUUUACAGAAUUUCCCAAUCAUUCCAUUAAUCUCUCAAAUCUCUGUCUCCAUCUCCAUUCUAGGGUUUAAACAAUGGCAACAUUGAAAAUCAUUUCAGCAGCAUUGAAUCUCAUCGACACAAAGAAAGAAAAUCUCAAAACCGCAUUCGAAAAUCUCCAAUCUCACUCUUCAUUCCAUCAUUCACUUCCUCUUUCAUGGCUUGAACUCGAUUCCCACUUCACCACUCUCCAAAAAUCCCUUAAUAACCGCUUUGAAAUCCUACAAUCACUGGAACACUCGCAUUCUCAAUCCCAAUCCAAAACCCUAAUUUCCAACCCCAAAGACGAGAACUUUUCUGUAAACCCUACCUACCCGUCGUCGAGCAGGAACAAAUUGAGAGUUUUGUGUGAGAAGGUUGAUGGUAUAGGGUUGAGGAAUUACAUUCUGGAUAAUUUUAAGGAUAGAAUUAGGAUUCAGGCGGAACUUAUCGAGGAGUUUCAGCAUGCUCCAGAUGCGGGGGAGAUGGUUUUGCAAUCAUUGGAAGGGUUUUAUGUGUUGAAUGGUAAAUUUAAUGAUAAGGGAUUGAGUAGGAUGGGGAGGAUUUGCAAUACGUUGUUGAAGCUUUUGGGUGUUGCUGGUGUGAAUGUGAGUUCUAAGGUUAAGGAGAAAGCGUUGAAGGUGGCUUUGGAAUGGAAAGCGAGGAUGAGGGAUGAUUAUGGUAACAUUGUGGGGGCUUUGGGGUUUUUAUAUUUGGUUUAUGGAUUUGGUAUUCUUUCUGAAUUCAGUAUGGAUGAGCUUGUUGAAUAUGCAGCCAGGGCUGCCGUUAAUGGAGAG